GACCAGUAUCACUAAUGGAGGGCAUCUUCGCAGCGCUCGACAGUCUGCCGGACGACUGUGUCGAGUACUCGGUCUUCUUAGCAGACGACGCGUCUGCCGCCGUCCUGGAUCUCGACCGAAAAUGCGCCCGGCUCGAGCAGAUCCGCGACGACGCCCUCGACCUUGCGCGGCCCUGGACAAAGGACUACAUCUGGCAGCGCCAGCCGUUUACUCUGCGCCUGCUCGAGCUCUCUGACGAGCCCUGUCUGCGCGGCGUCACUGAAUUCGGCGACUGCAUCGACGACGAAUGGUUCAUUGUCUUUAUCCUGCGCGAGCUCUCGCGUCGGCAUCCAGAUCUGUAUAUCAGAAUUGCUGAUAACGAUGGCGAGUUUCUCCUCAUCGAAGCCGCAGACGCGCUUCCUCGCUGGAUCAACCCCGACAAUGCAGACAAUCGCGUCUGGAUCAUCAACGGCGAGCUUAACAUCAUUCCUGCGAUAUCCGACGACGACGACGACUCAAUCUCCUCCCUCAACCUUACCGACGCCCUGCACUUCCUCAACACAAGCAAAAGCACCCUCUUCCAUCCCAAAGCCCUACAAACUGCCGCAUUCUCCCGACUAUCAGACUACCCGUCUGCUGCCAAAUCACACAUCCACCGUGCAAAAGCCACCGUUCCACGACGCGUCGCGCAGAUCCUGCAUCUGAAUAAAUCCUACAUUGCACCUGCCUGUGAAGCAUUUAUGCUCCGUGACCCAAUCAGCAUGCGAGCCUGCUCUUCCAUGAAGAACUUCCCUCCUUCCGAUUCCGUCACUGUCACCGUUCAAUUCACAAGGCUGCUGUACGCGCAGAUGAAAGCGCAGAGGAUCGUGCCGCCUGCGCCGUUCAAGCUUCCCGAGCCAUCUAAUCCGACCUAUGACGCUGCCGAGCUCGGCAUGAAACUUGCCUGCGGCUUUGAGCUUUUGUGUGCUGGGUCAGGGAAAUCCACAAAGAACAAGCAACGCCGCAGUGAUCUAGCAUCCGAUCCGCGGUUUAAUACCUACCUCAGCCAGCUGAAGCGAGAGGGAUUUUUCGACUCGGCAAAGCCAAACAGUCCCAAAUACGACGUCCUGAUGCGCGAAGCUCAAAAGACGUACUUGACUAUAUGCGGAGACGAGUAUGUCCCUCUUGAAAUCGGAAAGGAAAUCAUCUCGAUGGUCGAGAGCAUGCCGCCCGCCACGGACGAAGACAUUCGCCAAUGGGACCACGGCCAGAUCGAGGACUCGGACUCGUGGCUAGACGUUGAUUUUGACGAUUUCGUCAAGACUAUGGACUCGCUCAAUGGUUCGGCGGCGUUGGAAAAUAACGAUACUGCUGAAAGAGAAGAGUUUGAGCAGUUGCAGGGGAAAGCUAAAGAUCUUUUCCAGAAGCUGAAUACGUUUGUGGGUGAUAAAGAGUCAGGCUUGGACGGAGUCACGUUUGAUGAGUAUGUCAACUACUUUGACAUCUCCUUCUUGUAUUUUUUAUUAACUUCAAGCCAGUGACAAUAUCUCGGACGGAUCAAGCAUUGACGACGAUAGCGAUAGCGAAGACAUUGAAGAAGAGCCAGAAGACGACGUGGACGAAGACGAAUUCUUUGAGUUUUUCCUCAAAGAGGCGCUCAAACUAUCCCCCGAGGAAAUCGAG